ACGCUUUCCUGCCUCCCUAGCGAGCUCCUUCUCAUAGUCGCGUCUUACCUACCGAACCGGGACAUCAAGAACCUGCGAUUAACGGCGAGAUUCUUGCAUGAUACAGUGCGUCUACGUCUGGACCGCGUGUUUUUGUCUGCCAACCCGCUCAACAUCAGCGUCUUUCGCGCCAUUGCCGACGAUGAAAGGUUUCGCCAAGGUGUCGUUGAAAUCAUCUGGGACGACGCCGUUUUGGUGGAAACCCGAAGCGAAGCAGACUUCAGCCUUUGGGGACUUUGGUCACCAUUAUCCCCGCGGAUGUUUGAGGAUCAUCCGGAGGAACAAUGCCCAGUGUGGUUUGCUAAAGCCUGCCGGUCCAAUCUAAAACGAUUGUUUCACCAUAAGCACAAUGAUGUGGACGGUCCGGAUCAUAUGGCACGGGCCCUGCAGGUAGUAGCGGCACAAAGGGCUCUGAUAUAUUUCUGGGAAUACUAUCAAAGGCUGUUGAUUGGCCAAAAAUGGGUCAUUGAGACUGCUGCUGAUACGGAUGCCCUCAUCUACGGAAUCAAUCAAUUUCCCGCCCUUAAACGAGUGACAGUUACCCCAGCUGCUCAUGGGUGGCUAUUCGCUCCUCUUUAUGAAACUCCCAUGAUUCUCUCCUUUCCGUAUGGGUUCAACUAUCCCAUCCCACGCGGAUGGCCUACAACAAACGAGGGACUAUCAUUGAAUGUCCCUUCCUGGGCAAGCCUAAGCAACCAUAGAAAAGAUCAAUGGCGCGGGUUCCGCAUCACUACACGUGUACUUGCACAGCAGAGAGAGAACCACGUCACAGAGUUUAUUCUCCACACUAAUCAGCUUUACACCGGCCUAAAUUGCAGAAUUUUUGAAGAAUCCUGCGAGGAAUACGAUAAUUUAAUCUGUCUCCUUCGCCAACCGGGGUUCUCGCGACUUGAUCUAGCUCUCAUCACUGAUCAGCAGGAAGAUUUGGACUGGUAUUCCUUCUACAAUGGCCGGCUUCGUUAUGCACUGGCUCAAGCGACACAGAUGAGACACAUCAGUCUAACAGGCAAUAUGAAAAAUCAUGUCGUUUAUGCGAAUGAUUCAUAUAAUGAGGAUGAUAACGACACCACGUCCCACCUGAUUCCAAUUCGCACCAUUUUCCCAAUCGAAAAAUGGACCAAUCUGCAGCACUUCGAGCUAUCAUCCUUCGUCAUUACAAAGGACGAUAUGGUCUCUUUCUUGGCUGCACUGCCAAAAACGAUCUGCUCAAUUAAACUGAGGCGUUUAAACUUUUUCAAGAAAUCCGACCACUGGCCCGGCCUGCUGAUAGAUAUCAGAGACAAGCUGCACUGGAGAGAGAGAGACAUAAAAUCAAGGCCUAAGCUUACAAUCAUCAUUGAUAAGGUCUUGGCUACCCCCCCUUGGUGGGCAAUCUGGAUUGAGGAUGAAGUGAGCAAGUUUCUGUAUGAGAAUGGACCAAAUCCAUUC